AUGGCCGUAUCUACCCGAAUUCCUGUGUGUCACACCACUUGGAAUGCCUCGUCUGUCCUCACCGCCAUCGGCAAAGAGAAAGACGUUCCUCUGUACCGAGGCGCAGCCAAGGCUCUGGAACGCCCGCCUGCUCACGCCCCCGAGGUCCACGGCGAAUCCGGCCUCGAGGGAACGUUCCUGCUACCCAAGCCAGCCUGCGAGCCCGUCGAAAAGGACGCCGUUGAAGCCAUGUACGAGGCACUCAUGGCUCAGCCAAAGGAUACGGCUUGGCUCGUGGCCACCGGCUCUCUCACCAAUGUUGGUGUGCUCUUGCGCAAAUACCCUCAAGUCGCGUCCCACAUCAAGGGAAUCAGCAUCAUGGGCGGGUCUGUCGGAGGAGGUUUCUCGGAUGCCGUCCUGGGCCACGCCGACAACAAGGAUCGCAUCGGCAACAUCAGCUUCUGGGCAGAGUUCAAUAUCCUCAUCGACCCCGAGGCUGCGGCCGAGGUGUUUCACAACAAAGAGGUCGCCAAGAAGACGACGCUGGUGCCGCUCGAUCUGACCCAUCAGGUUCUGGCCUCAAACGACGUGCGACAUAUGCUAUUGUAUGGACCCGGCGGCAACGAGGAAGGCAAGGGAAAGACGACGUUGAGAGAUAUGCUCGUUGAGUUGUUGUACUUUUUUGCGGAAACCUAUUCAAAUGUUUUCGGCAUCACAGAGGGUCCCCCUUUGCACGACCCCAUCGCCGUCGCUGCAGUUCUUAUUGGCACUUCCGACGAAAUUCCCUUUGCAGAGUGGCACGAAGAGAAGAGCGUACACCCCAGGUAUAACGAACGUUUCGAUGUGACCGUCGUCACGGAGGGGACUUUUGAAGAAGCCGAGGCGGGCACCAAGCAGACGGGGCGCACCAUUGUCAAGGCUCUGCCGGCUGGAGAGGAAGGCGUCAGGAUACCGAGAAGUAUAGACAUUACCAGGUUCUGGCAGGAGAUUGAGGCCUGCAUCUCACGCGCCGACGCAGUCAAUGAGAAGAAUGGCAAGACCUUUUGGGAAGAGUACAGACCAUGA